AUGAAAAGCCAAACCACCACAGGUGGUAAAACGUCUAACCCGUCUGAAAUGGUUGAUGCUGAAGAGUCUAAUCUCGAAAGAAACCUUGCUAAAAAUCUGAACCUCGAAGACAAGGAUGCAUCUGAAGGCUCAUAG